UUGGUGAGCAUGGCGCAUAGAGUCAAUCACUCCAUAGAGUUAUAAAUAGGUGUUUGCGAGUAUAAAUCUAUGGCAUGGCGUUAAAUGAUAUCUACGAAAGAAUCGGUGUUCAAACACGAGCAAGCAGUUGGUAUGAAGUUAACAAUGACCUCUUGCUGCUGACAAACGAAUUAAAGAAAGAUCAAUUUAGAUUUGAUAGUGGUCGGGAUGUCUUUAACACAUUAAACAAAGUUUUACCACAGAUAUGGAGUCAAGUUGAGAUAGCAUAUGUUGAAGACAACACUAAUGUACAACCAGACAAUUCCAUUUUACUACAGAAUUUAACAGAAUGUUUCAGAAUUUUGAGAAACGCCUGUGCAGGUUGUCAGGAAAAUCAGAGUUUGAUUUUUUUGUUUCCUGAAAAAUUGAAUGUUACCAGGAAAGUUCUUGACAAACUUAGCGAAAUAUAUACACUACCCAAUAUUCUAAUGACUCUAAGAUGUGCUGUACAAUUUUUGGGUAAUCUUUGUGUUGGUAAUCCAACUAAUCAAGUCGAAGUCUACAACGGUUUUCUUCCCAUUUUAAGUAAAUGUAUUAGUACAAGAGAUGUGUCAUUAUGUAAUUAUUGUAGUAUGUUAAUACAUACAUGUCUAAUAGGUAUAGAAGAUAAAACAGAUCUUACCUUAAAUAGUCAUCUAUAUAAUAUUGUGACACCUAUAUUAAAUAUGCUGUUAGAAGAGGAUCUAGAUUGGGGUUUGUUGUUAAUUGAAGAUAUUUUAUUGAUACCAGAUUUUAUUGGUAAUCUGAGUAUAAAAACCACUUUAAGGGAAAGAUUAUUUAUUGUUGAAGUUAUGAUUGAUAUAUUAAAGAAGAAUGAUCUAACUAAAAAACAACCAAUACAUAUAUCCAACAUGAAAUAUUUAUCUAAUGAGAUACAUCAACAUAGUUUACAAGUAUUGGCUGUUGGUAUGGAGGAUUGUCCAGAGGGCGAUAUAUCCUGGUUAUUAGUAAAGAUGAUAGAAGUAUUAGGAUUAGCUACAUCAUCUUUACCUGAAGUUUAUACUGAUUUACAGACAGAUACACAACUAUUACUCAAUGCUAUAAAUUUAUUGAAAAGUGUUGAUGAAAUUGGUAAAAAGGGCACAAACCAUUUUAAUGCAGUAGAUAAAAUGUCCGAACUAGAGAAUGUUGAUUCUAAUCAUCCUGUAUAUGGGUUAAAAAGGGAUUUAAUACGACUGAUUGCCAACAUGGUCAAUAAACAUAAGGACAACCAAGAUAAGGUCCGUGAAGUAGAAGGUAUCCAACUCCUUCUCAACCAGACCAAUAUUGAUGGCAAGAAUCCAUAUAUAACUCAGUGGGUAGUUUUAGCUAUACAUAAUCUAUGUGAGGGUAAUGAACUAAAUAAAGCUACUAUAUCUGGUCUACAGUUACAAGGUGUGGUUAAUAAUGCACCAGUAUUAAAUGAAUUAGGAAUUGAAACCAGGAUGGAGGGUGAUAGAGUGGUAAUAAAAAAGACCAGAUAUGAUGGAGAAAGCUGAUUUAAUUGUACAUCUUUUUUUUUUAUUAACAUUAAUUAAUGUACUCACAUUGAUUAUUUAACAUUUAAUUAAGAAAACAAAAUUAAAAUAUCAAUGGUAGAUAAUCUCCAGGUUUGGAUUCAAAUAAAUUAAAAUGAGCCCUAUCAAUACACUUUGGCAAAGAUAUUAAGAUGUGGAAUGUUGACAAAUUUUCAGUUUAUACAUCUUUGUAAAUACUGUAUAAAAUUCAAUCAUUUUUGGACUGAUAUUACUUUUAAAGAUUCAAAUUUCACAAAUGGUGUUUAGAGACUUUAUUCAAUAAUUAAUUGAUACAUAAAUAUAUAACAAAUUGUCUUAAUUUGGACAUGUUUUGAGCUGAACCGGGACUCUUCUUUCAUUCACAUUUGCCUGUAUUGACUGACUGAGUCAAUAUAAAUGUCAUAAAAUUAGAAUGCAGAGAAUUUAGCCUUAAAAUACAAGGAUAUGUAAAUACACUUAAAACGAUAUUUUAAAAAAUGAGAUAAUGCUAAAAAUUGUCAUAUCCUUUUGAUAAAAUGUCUUGCUAAUCCAAUUAUAUAAAAUAUGUCGAAAAUUGACUGGCUUUAAAGAUUUCGAAUUGUAAGCCCAGGUUUGAACAUUCCAUAAGCUCAAAAUGUAAUACUGUUUUAUGAAGCAUAAAGUUUGUUAGACACUUAAUUGUACAUGCAUGUAUAUGUAACCUUGAAUUUAAAGCUGUGAUAAUUGUUA